GAAAAUAUACCCACCCCCAAACGUGCCUCCCCAGCGCCGCAGGGAGCCAACAGACACGCUGGAGUUUAACAAACAGCAAUACUCUUCGCGCUCCUGAAAAGCGGGGCUGGACGCUCUCCGUGGUGCUGAAACGCUACGCGGCCGCCGCUGUCCGUGGUUCCUACAGCCUCCUCGCUCCAGUUUCCCCUGAGGCUCUCUCUCCGCACCCCUAUUCCUCACCUCCCCUUAACAUCUGGAUUAUUUUUCCAAUAGCUCUCGCUGGUUUUGUAAGUGCCAAUUUGAAACAUUUUUUUUGCCCCCGUAACUCGUGGACUACAAAGCACAAGGACCUGAAAAAUGUACAGCUUCAAUACUCUUCGACUCUACCUUUGGGAGACCAUUGUAUUCUUCAGCCUUGCUGCUUCUAAGGAGGCUGAAGCUGCCCGCUCUGCGCCCAAGCCAAUGUCACCCUCGGAUUUCCUGGAUAAGCUGAUGGGCAGGACUUCUGGAUAUGAUGCCAGGAUCAGGCCCAAUUUUAAAGGUCCUCCCGUGAACGUGAGCUGCAACAUUUUCAUCAACAGCUUCGGAUCCAUUGCUGAGACUACCAUGGACUAUAGGGUCAACAUCUUUCUGCGGCAACAGUGGAACGACCCCCGUCUGGCCUAUAAUGAAUACCCCGAUGACUCUCUGGACCUGGACCCAUCCAUGCUGGAUUCCAUCUGGAAACCUGACCUGUUCUUUGCCAACGAGAAGGGGGCCCACUUCCACGAGAUCACCACAGACAACAAACUGCUGAGAAUCUCCCGGAAUGGCAAUGUCCUCUACAGCAUCAGAAUCACUCUGACACUGGCCUGCCCCAUGGACUUGAAGAAUUUCCCCAUGGAUGUCCAGACCUGUAUCAUGCAACUGGAAAGCUUUGGAUACACCAUGAAUGACCUCAUCUUUGAGUGGCAGGAGCAAGGAGCUGUACAGGUGGCAGAUGGACUAACCCUGCCCCAGUUUAUCCUGAAGGAAGAGAAGGACCUGAGAUAUUGCACCAAGCAUUACAACACAGGUAAAUUCACCUGUAUUGAGGCGCGGUUCCACCUGGAGCGGCAGAUGGGCUAUUAUCUGAUCCAGAUGUAUAUUCCGAGCCUGCUCAUCGUCAUCCUCUCAUGGAUUUCCUUUUGGAUAAACAUGGAUGCAGCACCAGCCCGUGUGGGCCUGGGCAUCACCACUGUGCUCACCAUGACCACUCAGAGCUCUGGCUCCAGAGCAUCCCUGCCCAAGGUAUCCUACGUGAAAGCCAUUGACAUUUGGAUGGCAGUUUGCUUGCUCUUCGUGUUCUCAGCCCUGCUAGAGUACGCCGCUGUCAACUUUGUGUCUCGGCAACACAAAGAGCUGCUCCGAUUCAGGAGGAAGCGGAGACAUCACAAGAGCCCCAUGUUGAAUCUGUUCCAGGAGGAUGAGGCAGGAGAGGGCCGCUUCAACUUUGCCUAUGGCAUGGGCCCAGCCUGUCUGCAGGGCAAGGAUGGCAUUUCCGUCAAAGGCGCCAACAACAACAACACCACCAACCCGCCUCCCGCACCAUCCAAGUCCCCGGAGGAGAUGCGAAAACUCUUCAUCCAGAGGGCCAAGAAGAUCGACAAAAUAUCCCGCAUUGGCUUCCCCAUGGCCUUCCUCAUCUUCAACAUGUUCUAUUGGAUCAUCUACAAGAUUGUCCGCAGAGAGGACGUCCACAACCAGUGAAGGGCUGGGAUGUGGGGGGAUGCUGGGGGAGGCUGGGACAGGGCAGUGGGGAAGCGCACAGGAAUCUGGGAGCCUAAGGAAGAGAGGGGAAGAGGGAGGGGCACAUACACAACUCUUGACUCCCUCUCUCUCUGCAAUAUGUGCAAUAGCAAAAUGCACUAAUGCAUGAAUUCUA